AUGAAAAAUAUUUCUGUGGAACAGGAAAGACCCCAAUGGGACAACAAGGUCCAGUACCUGUUGACAUGCAUUGGCUUUGCAGUUGGAUUUGGGAAUAUUUGGCGUUUUCCCUACCUUUGCCAAAUUUAUGGAGGAGGUGCGUUCCUCAUCCCCUACCUCAUCGCUUUAGUGUUCGAGGGCCUGCCCCUGCUCUACCUGGAGCUGGCUAUAGGACAAAGGCUCCGCAAGGGCAGCAUCGGCGCCUGGAGUGCCAUCUCACCACUGCUGGGUGGCAUCGGCAUUGCCUCCAUGGUGGUGUCAUUCCUGAUAUGCGUUUUCUACAACACCAUCAUGGCCUGGGUGCUCUGGUACUUCAUUAACUCCUUCCGAAACCCGUUGCCGUGGAGACAUUGUCCACUGCAGGACAACAGCACAGGUGACAGUGAGGAGUGUGAAAAGAGCACUGCAGUGAAUUAUUUCUGGUACCGCAAGACCCUGGACAUCACGCCUAAUAUUGAGACGAACGGCUCUAUGCAAUGGUGGAUAGUCAUGUGUCUGGCCAGUGCCUGGUGCGUGGUCUACAUCUGUUUUAUCAAAGGCAUCAAGUCCAUGGGAAAGGCUGUGUAUGUGACAUCUACCUUCCCUUACCUGGUGCUCACUGUCUUCCUGAUUCGUGGCCUCACUCUGCCUGGAGCUACUGAUGGACUGCUGUACCUCUUAUCUCCUGAUUGGAAAAUAUUGAAGAACCCUCGUGUGUGGCUAGAUGCUGCCACCCAGAUCUUCUUCUCUCUUUCUGUGGCAUUUGGGGGUCUCAUAGCUUUCGCCAGCUAUAAUGAAGAGAAAAACAAUUGUGAGAGGGAUACACUUAUAGUAGGACUACUAAACAGCGCCACAUCUCUAUACGCCUCUAUACCAAUCUUCUCUAUUCUGGGAUUUAAAGCCAACAGCGUCUUUAACGCCUGCCUACAAGAAAACAUCUUGGCUCUGACCAACCACUUUGAGUUAUCAGACCAGAACAUUACAGUGGACAACUAUGAGCACUGGGUUAAAAAUCUGACCCAGACUGAGGUGGCCAGUUUGCACCUGAGGCACUGUGACCUUAAAACAUUUCUUGACCAGAGUGUUUCAGGUACUGGCCUGGCUUUUAUUGUGUUCACCGAGGCAGUGAUAGAGAUGCCAGGCUCGCAGGUAUGGGCCGUACUGUUCUUCAUUAUGCUUUUCAGCUUGGGCCUCUCCACCAUGUUUGGCAACCUGGAGGGAGUGCUCACACCCAUCAACGACCUCAAACUGGUGCCUAAGUGCAUCCCAAAAGAACUUGUUACAGCCAUUGUCUGCUUGAUUGCCUUCCUGACGGCUCUCAUCUUCACAAUGGGUUCAGGGAACUACUGGCUCGAGGUCUUUAACAGCUACGUGGGCUCCGUACCUCUACUCAUCAUUGCAACAAUGGAGAUCAUUGGAGCUUCUUAUGUUCGGGGAAUGAAAACUUUCAGUGAAGAUAUCCAGUUCAUGACUGGGAAGAAGCCCAACAUCUUUUGGAGGGCAUGCUGGAUGGUGAUCAGUCCUUUAUUGCUAAUACUGGUGAUGAUUGCCUAUGUGGUUGUGGAGGUACAGCAACACCUCAGCUAUUCUGCAUGGAACCCAGCUUAUGAAUUAUUCCCCCAAUCUGAAAUGAAGCCAUACCCAGACUGGGUCUGUGCCAUAAUUGUCCUCCUCUGCGUAGUCCCUGUGCUUUCCAUCCCUAUGGUACCCAUCUACAAACUGAUCUGUCAUGGGCUCAAGAGGUCCUCGGUUCCCCCUGAACACAACCCCUACUGCAUUGAUACUUAGGAAACCUCUCCAUGGU